GGAUAAAAAUAGACAUGUUACAUAUUGUGUUAUUCGGUCUAUGCGUUCGUUUUAUAUUUUUCGUGUGUCCAUUGACAAAAUUGAAUUUCAAUAUAAAGCAUUAAACUACGGGGAAUGAAGUAUUGUGACCAGUUUUAGUGAAUUAAAAGUCAUACUUAUCAAUUGCUAUCGAUUUAUUUUUAUAAACUUAUAUAAACAUAGGAAUAGUUAAAUAUCUAUUGGAGAAUUGUUUCAAUUUCUGCGCAUUACAGUUCUGAAGGAAUUUCAAAGUUUCAUCAUGACGCGAUACAAAGAACCGAAACAACUAGAAUGUCUGGCAUUAAUAAAACUUGGAGAGUGGAUAGCAAACCAAGCGGAAACAAAUAUGAAUCCAAUUGCUUUACUGGCACAGCAAAAUCCGAACACAGCUCAAACUACAUUAAACCAAAAAAUCGAAAAUAUACGUCGCUAUUUAGAUUUUUAUGUCCCGUGGAUGCUUUACGACAAAUUAGCAAAUGAAGCUAUUAAAGCUCUGUCUGAACUUUCAGAAAGAAUGAAACAUUCGUUGGGAUUUCGGGGGUCAAUGGGAAAAUUCGUCAGUCAAAUGAAUGUAAUUGUAAAAAUGACUGAGGUGUUAUUUACGAAAAAUGUUACAUACGUUUCUAUUGAUACAAUACCAAAAAUGAUGCGUUCUGUUUUCUACUCAAAGCUAAAUAUGUUGUCUGGACUUGUUUACUUAAAUUUGGGUUCUCUUUCUGGUGGCUGGAAAACUGCAGAUAUGGAGGAAUCUAUUAUCCGGGCCUUAAAGCAACUUCAUUGUCUUAAAUAUUUAUUUAUAAAUUAUGAUUGUACAGAUAAUAUAUUAAAAUGUAUAGUAGAAAACUGCACUAAAAUAAAGAAAUUAGACUUGUCUUGUUCAAAAUGCAUCACAAACGAGAGUAUCAAUAUCAUAAGUAAGUUAAAAUCUUUAAAGAGCAUUCAGUUAUAUCACACAUUUGUUACUUGGGAGGGAUAUGUAAACUUGUUGAUUAAUUGUCAACAUUUAGAAGACAUAGGCCGCUGUGAUGAAAUUGGUAAAGUACUGGAAUUUAUCCACAUUAACUGUCCUGAAACUUGUCCGCUUAAUCUAAAAAUUUACGUUAGUAAAUAUGCUACAAGUCAUCACUUACAAUUAGCUGUACAAAUGUGUCCUUAUAUCAGUGUAAUGACUGUUUUUCAUAAUACUUUACAAAGUGAUUUAAUGGUAUUAAUAAGUUUAAAAGAUUUGUAUGAUUUAAAACUCUUAUCGUGCGAUUUUUAUGCCGAUCAAAUAAAACAAGUGCUUCAAGUUAAAGGAUGUAAUUUAUUAAAGUUACAUCUUGAACACGUAGAUCAAAUUGAUUUGAAUGCUCUUAUGUAUAUAAGUCAGAUGUGCCCUUUACUUGAAACUUUGACUUUCUAUAAUUGCACUUUAAUUCAACAUACUUCUCUAUUUACAAAAAAAUUAGAAAUUUUGCCGUUUAGAAACAUAAAAAAAUUAACUUGUGUAUCGAGUUUUACAGAUGAACAAUUGAUGUUUUUGUUGACAAAUUGUAUAAACGUAGAAUUCAUUCAAAUAGGAACAGCUACUCAAUUGACUGAUGAAUUUGUAGUAAAGCUAUUAGAUAAAAACCCACUAAUAUACUUAAAAGAGUUACGCAUAAUGCAAUCAGAUUUUUUAACUAUGCUGUCUAUAGAAAGAAUAAUACAGAGUUGUAUGAACUUAGAAAUAUUAGUUGAAUUAGAAAGUUGGUCCAUAUUAUCGGACAGUGAUCGAGAAUACAUACGAAACUAUAUAAAAAUAAAUAAUUACAACGUAGAUACAUCUCCUAUUCGUCGUUAUGAUGCAUGAAUAGAAAAUAACGAAUUAACUUUUAUAAUAAAAAUUUGAAAGUUAAGCAGAAUGUUUUUGUAUUAUUAGUAUCUAAUUACCCAUUACUGUUUCUAUUGUGACAGCGAUUUUUGUUAAUAGGUCAGUUUUUUUCAUUAUUUAUUUUUUCUUAUAAUACUUUAUUUUUUUUGUAAUGAAGUAUACAUUAAGCCAUAAAGAAUAUAAUAUUGGUACCCAUGUCGUUUUAUUACGUUUUAUUAAUAUUAUAGAGUCUGUUGAUGUGAUGGUAUUGUAUUCAUGAUAUUGAUAUAAACUUAAAAACCUCAGUAAAUGUAUUCUUUUAUGAAUACUAGCGUGGGUACAAUUGUAGCAUUCCUAAGACUUAUGUUAGAUUAAAACAAUUUGAGUCAUAAAAAACAAUUAUUUUCUCAAUACAAAUUGAUGCAUACUGUUUGCUUGAGGAGACGCCCGCCGUGGGCAAGGAAACUUCGAUGCAAGUACCUGGCUUGACUAGGAUUAAGCAGAACGACCACGAUGAUGGAAUACUGUUAUACUAAAUAUCCUUAAAGUAUAAUUCAUUUAAAAGAAUGUCAAAUGUCGUAAUUAUUAACUGUGCGUUUCAAAAAAUAAAUCUUCCGGAUUUACGACCGUUAUCUGACUAAAAAAAAAAGAUUCGAGAAAGAGUAAAGUAUACCUAUUUAAAAAAUUGUUGAAGAGAGGAAGUGUGAAUAUACUAACUACUACUGACUUUGUAUUAGAAUACAUGUUUAUAAAACGGCUCGAGAUCAAAAUUCACUCGAUCUUAGAAAAUGUACCUACAGUGGCGCUACAUAUCUUAAGAAGGUUCUGUAUCAUUACAUGUAAGUAUAAUUAUUAUUUUUUAUCUAACUGAAUG